AGCACCCACCGUGCACUCAGCACCCACUUAGCGCGGACAGCACCCACCGCGCACACAGCACCCACGACGCGGGCAGCACCCACCGUGCACUCAGCACCCACCGAGCGCGGACAGCACCCACCGCGCACACAGCACCCACUGAGGGCGGACAGCACCCACCCGGAGGGCUGCGGAGAGGAGGGGCAGGGCCCCUGGGCGUCCUCCCCCAGUGCCAGCCCGCGGGGCUGCGGGGCAGGGCCGGGAUGCCGGUUCGCAGAGGCCACGUGGCGCCCCAGAACACUUACCUGGACACCAUCAUCCGCAAGUUCGAGGGCCAGAGUCGUAAGUUCCUGAUCGCCAACGCUCAGAUGGAGAACUGCGCCAUCAUCUACUGCAAUGACGGCUUCUGUGAGCUCUUUGGCUACUCCCGGAUGGAAGUGAUGCAGAGACCGUGCACCUGCGACUUUCUCACGGGCCCCAACACCCCGCGCAGCGCGGUGAGCCGCCUGGCGCAGGCCCUGCUGGGGGCCGAGGAGUGCAAAGUGGACAUUCUCUACUACCGCAAGGACGCCUCCAGCUUCCGCUGCCUGGUAGAUGUGGUGCCUGUGAAGAAUGAAGACGGAGCUGUCAUCAUGUUCAUCCUCAACUUCGAGGACCUGGCCCAGCUCCUGGCCAAGAGUGGGAGCCGUAGCCUGUCCCAGCGCCUGCUAUCCCAGAGCUUCCUGGGCUCCGAGGGCUGUCACGGCAGACCAGGAGCCCAGGGUCCGGGCACAGGCGAGGCCAAGUACAGGACCAUCAGCCAGAUCCCGCAGUUCACACUCAACUUUGUGGAGUUCAACCUGGAGAAGCAUCGCUCAAGCUCCACCACAGAGAUUGAGAUCAUAGCGCCACACAAAGUGAUAGAACGGACACAGAAUGUCACCGAGAAGGUCACCCAGGUGCUGUCGCUGGGCGCCGACGUGCUGCCCGAGUACAAGCUGCAGGCGCCGCGCAUCCACCGCGGGACCCUGCUGCACUACAGCCCGUUCAAGGCCAUGUGGGACUGGCUCAUCCUGCUGCUGGUCAUCUACACCGCCGUGUUCACGCCCUACUCCGCCGCCUUCCUGCUCAGCGACCAGGACGAGUCCCAGCGCGGGCACUGCGGCUACACCUGCAGCCCCCUCACCGUGGUGGACCUCAUCGUGGACAUCAUGUUCGUGGUCGACAUUGUCAUCAACUUCCGCACCACCUACGUCAAUACCAACGACGAGGUGGUCAGCCACCCCCGGCGCAUCGCCGUGCACUACUUCAAGGGCUGGUUCCUCAUCGACAUGGUGGCCGCCAUCCCUUUCGACCUGCUCAUCUUCCGCACCGGCUCUGACGAGACCACCACCCUGAUCGGGCUGCUGAAGACGGCGCGGCUGCUGCGGCUGGUGCGCGUGGCGCGGAAGCUGGACCGCUACUCGGAGUACGGCGCGGCCGUGCUCUUCCUGCUCAUGUGCACCUUCGCGCUCAUCGCGCACUGGCUGGCCUGCAUCUGGUACGCCAUCGGCAACGUGGAGCGGCUCUACCUGGAGCCCAAGAUCGGCUGGCUAGACAAUCUCGGCACGCAGCUCGGCAAGCACUACAACGGCAGCGACCCCGCCUCGGGCCCCUCGGUGCAGGACAAGUACGUCACUGCCCUCUACUUCACCUUCAGCAGCCUCACCAGCGUGGGCUUCGGCAAUGUCUCGCCCAACACCAACUCCGAGAAGGUCUUUUCCAUCUGCGUCAUGCUCAUCGGCUCCCUCAUGUACGCCAGCAUCUUCGGCAACGUGUCGGCCAUCAUCCAGCGGCUGUACUCGGGCACCGCGCGCUACCACACGCAGAUGCUGAGGGUGCGGGAGUUCAUCCGCUUCCACCAGAUCCCCAACCCGCUGCGCCAGCGCCUGGAGGAGUACUUCCAGCACGCCUGGUCCUACACCAACGGCAUCGACAUGAACGCGGUGCUGAAGGGCUUCCCCGAGUGCCUGCAGGCCGACAUCUGCCUGCACCUGCACCGUGCGCUGCUGCAGCACUGCCCGGCCUUCCAGGGCGCCAGCAAAGGCUGCCUGCGGGCGCUGGCCGUCAAGUUCAAGACCACGCACGCCCCGCCCGGGGAUACGCUGGUGCACCAAGGUGAUGUGCUCUCCACCCUCUACUUCAUCUCCCGGGGCUCCAUAGAGAUCCUGCGUGACGACGCGGUGGUGGCCAUCCUGGGGAAGAAUGACAUCUUCGGGGAGCCUGUCAGCCUCCACGCACGGCCAGGCAAGUCCAGCACGGAUGUGCGGGCCCUGACCUACUGUGACCUGCACAAGAUUCAGUGGGCAGACCUACUGGAGGUGCUGGACAUGUACCCCGCCUUCGCAGACAGCUUCUGGAGCCAACUGGAGGUCACCUUCAACCUGCGGGAUGCAGCCGGGGGUCUCCAUGCGUCACCCAGACAGGCUGCAGGUGGCCAGGACCAGCAAGGCUUCUUCCUCAGUGACAACCAGUCAGGUGCAGCUCCCUCCCUGAGCAUCUCUGAGGUGUCUGACCUCUGGCCGGAGCUGCUGCAGCAAGUGCCCCCAAGGCCAAGGGACCACCCGCCAGACCCUCGGGGAGACCCCGACUGCUGGCCUCGGGGGCUAGGCUCCAGGGUGGAGCAGCUCCAGGCGCAGAUGAGCAGGCUGGAGUCCCGCAUGGCCUCAGACCUCAGUCACAUCCUGCAGCUUCUUCAGCAGCCUCUGCCCCAGGGCCCUACCAGCUACAUCCUGGGAGCCCCCACGUCCAGAGACCUGGCCUUGCUUCCCGCAGCCUCCGUGACUCAGAAUCUGGAAGCUAGGCUGGCCCCGAGCAGUCUGUCUCCUGCACAGACCCAACGCUAUGAAGACUUGGACAGGGGUCGGCCGAGGCACAGACUUUUCCUCUGUGGGAUGCCUCAGCCAGCCGCGGCCAUGGGCGAAACACCGGCAUUGUCCUUGGAGCAGGAGCAGCCUGAGGGGCUCUUGUCACCCCUGACCCCCCCUCUGCUUCCCCCAGAGGGACAGGAACUUGUCUGUGUUCCCCGUUUCCCCUCCCUCCCAGAAAACCUUGGCUCUGUCCCCAGGCAGCUAGAUUUCCAGAGAUGUGACUCAGAUCCCGGAUUUCCAGGAAGUUAGAAACACUGAAUACCACCUUGCACCCACCCCCCACCCCCCAAAAAGUAGUAAGACACUAUGAGAGUUAAGGAUGAGGGAGGCAGGCAGCCACCAAGACGGGCCUCUAGAAACAGUUCCAUGAGCUGCUAGCCGAGGUCGCCCAGAGGACUCAGCCCAGCCUUCCCCAGGGCUUGUUUAGACCUGAGACCGGGGCCAGGUGAGCAAGCCACCCAGGAGGAAGCCAUUAGUGAAAAAGAAACAUGUUCUGGCCUCUGGGAAAGCCUUGCUCUGGGCCAGGCGAGGUUGUUCCCAGCUCUGAGCCGUCCACCGCCUCAGCUCAGCCCCACAGCUGGUCAGACCUGCCUGAACAUGAAGGUGUCCUCUGCAUCAGUGGACACAUCAGGGUAGAGCCCCGUUCCUCAACUAGCCUGCCCCAGUGGUCCUGGAAGGGCUUCUGGAGUGCUAGCAGGUAGUGGAGUGUCUUAAACCAGUAAAAAUCAUACAGGUUCACUUCAGCCGCAUUGGUAACUUAUCUGCAGGUCCCAGGGACAUGAGUGUCAGCGGCUGUGGUCCUUCCGAACCCCUGCAGAAAGCAGCUGUGUGAGCACUAUAGGCUGGGCUGUAGGGAGGCCCAGAGGGACGAGCCUGAGGGCCGUGGAGAAUCCUGACAACAGCCAACACUUCCCUCGUCUGGCUCAGGCCUGGGCACCAUGCUGACUGCUCUGUGGAUAAUAGUUGAUCGAAUUCUUACAGAACCAGAUGGGGUCAUCAUCCUUAGUCCUGUCUCGGGGAAGUAUGAUUUGGAACAGAGAGAUACCAUGAAACUUUCCUCAGCAGGAUGAAGGGGACUUCUCGGAUGCUGCUAUUGUUCUAGUUCCUGAUCUAGAGACAGGGUAUGUGAGUGUGUUUCAGGUUGUAAAGAAACAGGUGCAAUUCUAUGUGUAAAUUUUAAUUUGAUGAAUUAAAAAAAAAAAAAGAAUCUUGCUCAACACAAUAGGAAAAGGAGGACAUACCUGGAACCCAAAUAGUCUUGAGAAUCUGUGCAGUUAACGACCCCACUGCAGUAGAUUGCCAGCCACCAUAUUUUACCUCUUUCGUUCAAGUAUUUCUGUAAAAACUUUUGAACAUGGAGCUGGAGAUAGGUGGCCUGGUAGAGAAAGCAGAUCGUAACAGCAAGGCCUGGCUGUGAGCCCUGAUACCACAUGGGAACACCAGGGGUGGCACAGGGAGCUAGCUCCCUGACGUUUCCAUUUUGCUCUCCUCUCCCUCACUUUAAAUGAAACACUGGAUCCAGAAAGCCGCUCUGUGGUGUCACAUAUGUGUGAGGCCCUAAGUUCAUUCCUAGCUCCAUGUGGCUUUUUUGGAAAAUGUGUUCAUAUGGACUUAUAAAUUGGCAUCUAAAGUUAUUUCAAUGAAGCUCACAAAAAAAAAGUUUGCCUCCAGGAAGACCCAGGUUUGAGCUGACUACAUUGAAGGCAGCUCUGAUGAGGUGGUUUCUUUGCCUUUCUCUGGAUAUCUGGGAAAGCAAACCAUACCUCAUUGAUACAUUUCCAUAUUUAGAAAAGGAUGCAAUUUCCAAUGUGUCCUAAAUAUUAGCACUUUAUAAACCUCCCUUGGUGUUGAUCCAUUUUGAUACAAACAGCAGUUGUUUGAGAAUCAAAAUUAAGUUUUAAAACGUGAGGACAGGGGCUGGGGAGACAGCACAGUAGUCUGUACACUAGACUUUCAUGCCCGAGACCCCAGCGGUCCGGGCUCCUUUCUGGCACCACCAUAUGCCAGAGCUGAGCGGUGCUGUAACCUGCUCUCUCUGAAACAAAAACUCAUUAAGAAAUCAAGCACGAGGACAAGUUCUGUAACAUCAUUCUUUUCCCUCUUAGCAUGAUUCUAUUUCCUUCCACCCAACUCUAUGCUCUGUCGUUUAUUAACAUGCUCUGAAGUCUAUCAUUGAUAACUUUGUUGGACACACACACACUGAGAUUCAGGGCCAGUGAAAUAGCUGAAUGUGUUGAGCACAGUGUUUGUGCCUGAAGUCCUAAGGGUCCCGUCCCGGGUGUAAUAACUGGCGCCACCGCUAGCCGGAGCUGAACAGCGCUCUGGUCUGUCUCCUUUUCUCUCUCUCUCUCUCUGUUAUGUUACUCACAUGUCACUCAUAUGUUACUGCUACUCAUAAAAAAUAAAUACACUGAAAGC